AUGGGCAGGACUCUGCUGGCGGAGGGUCACUGUGUGUCGUAUCAAACCGAGCUGCCUGCUUCCACAGACGCCGUCUCCGUGCCGGUUAUUAUGGGGUGUGUCUGCUGCAAGCAGAAGAAGUCUGCCAAGUCCGUCACGUCAUCAGCACCAGCCGACAUCGCAGAUCGGUCUCCUAGCAACGCGGAUGGGGGGCUGUCCACGGCCUUCCACAAGGGCCGCUACAGCCCCGACCCCACGCAGACCAUCCCCGACUUCAACAAGGCCUUCAACUCCGUCACCAUCUUCCCCAACACCAGCACGCACCAGCGGCCCGGGGGCCUGACCAGUGGUGGAGUCACUCUCUUUAUAGCUCUAGAGGGCGACUGGUGGGAGGCUCGCUCUUUGGACACCGGAAAAUCUGGUUACAUCCCCUCGAACUAUGUCGCUCCCGUGGACUCCAUACAGGCCGAGGAGUGGUAUUUUGGGAAGAUGGGGCGGAAGGAUGCAGAGAGACAGCUGCUGGGUCAAGGCAACCAGAGGGGGACCUUCCUCAUACGCGAGAGCGAGACAACCAAGGGUGCCUACUCGCUGUCCAUCCGGGACUGGGACGACAACAAGGGAGACCACGUCAAGCAUUAUAAGAUUCGUAAACUAGACAACGGUGGCUACUACAUAACCACCCGGUCGCAGUUUGACACUGUGCAGCAGCUGGUCGAGCACUACACAGAGAGAGCGGCCGGACUGUGCUGCCGUUUGAUUGGCAGCUGUAAGCGGGGCAUGCCUAAGCUGGCAGACUUAUCAGUGAAGACCAAGGAUAUGUGGGAGAUUCCCCGCGAAUCUCUCCAACUGAUUAAGAAACUGGGCAACGGCCAGUUUGGAGAAGUCUGGAUGGGUAGGACUGGCAGUAAUGACGGGCUGUGCUAUUACCUGACAAAUCCCUGCCCCAACAGCACCCCCCUCACUCUGGGCCUGGGGCGGGACGCCUGGGAGGUGCACAGGGAAACGCUCUGCCUGCAGAGGAAGCUGGGCCAGGGCUGUUUCGGGGACGUGUGGAUGGGCAUGUGGAACGGCACCACCAAGGUGGCGGUGAAGACUCUGAAGCCGGGAACCAUGUCCCCCGAGGCCUUCCUGGAGGAGGCUCAGAUCAUGAAGAGACUCCGGCAUGACAAGCUGGUGCAGCUCUACGCCGUGGUGUCUGAGGAGCCCAUCUACAUUAUCACCGAGUUCAUGAGCCAAGGAAGUCUGCUGGACUUCUUAAAGGAUGGAGAAGGCCAGAGCCUGAAGCUGCCUCAGCUGGUGGACAUGGCCGCGCAGAUUGCAGCUGGAAUGGCGUACAUCGAGCGGAUGAACUACAUCCACCGGGACCUGCGGGCCGCCAACAUCCUGGUCGGAGACAACCUGGUGUGCAAGAUCGCCGACUUUGGCCUGGCGAGGCUCAUCGAGGACAACGAGUACACGGCCAGACAAGGGGCGAAGUUUCCCAUCAAGUGGACGGCUCCAGAAGCUGCUCUCUACGGACGCUUUACCAUCAAGUCAGACGUCUGGAGCUUCGGGAUCCUCCUGACCGAGCUUAUCACCAAGGGCCGGGUGCCUUACCCAGGCAUGAACAACCGUGAGGUGCUGGAGCAGGUGGAGAGAGGCUACCGGAUGCCCUGCGCCCCCGGCUGUCCGGCCUCCCUCCACGAACUGAUGGUGCAGUGCUGGAGGCGGGAGCCCGACGAGAGGCACACCUUCGAGUACCUGCAGUCCUUCCUGGAGGAUUACUUCACGGCCACAGAGCCCCAGUACCAGCCCGGGGAGAACCUGUGA